ACCAUUUUUUGAUGUGUUCACGCUGUACUGAUAUUUAGUGAAACGGAAAAAUACUCUUAGAGCGCCAUCCAGACUUCCUGAUAUCGGGCCCAAAAUCAGUCCCGAUUUCGGGCCUGAUAAUAGUUUGCCCCUGAUAAAAAUGACCGCAAUAAACUAACUUCGAUUUUCGCGGUUAUAGCCUCAGGCCUUCACGGAUUAUUAGCACAUCGUUUACAAUAUUUGAAAUGUAAAAAAAUGGUUCAUAUGCAAAAAUAUCAAACAUUGAACCUUUUUGGCAAUUAGAGACUAGACAAAGUAUUUUUUUACAUUUCAAGUACCUAUUGUUAACGAUGUGAUGAUAUUCCGUGAAACAGAAAACGAUUAUCAAGCCCGACAUAGAGACUGAUUUCGGGCCCGAUAUCGCGAAGUGUGGAUGUAAUUGGCUCUUAAAUAACUGCCAUUAUAAAAUAAAUUGAAUAAUGCCUAAAAUGUAUAAUCUUUGAAAUAUGUCAUCAAAAAAUAUUUUGCAAAUGAAAAAAAUAUUUACAGGACAUUUUUUUUUCUUUUCUUUCGCCUUGCCACCUGUUUACUUAUCUGUCAAUUAAUUUCAGACAUAGCAACACGGUAGACACUUUUUCACACAUGGCAAUUUUAAAAUUCGUAAAUGUCAACUUUUUAAUUGUCGCAAAAAUUUCAGUCAUAUUUUCUUAUUAAAAUUACGUGAAUCAAAUAUUAAAUAAAAACUCGGGGAGCACAUCGGUAUCAGGGACUGGUGUUCGCCGCGUAUCGGUCGUUCCGGCUGUGGGAAUAAGUUGUUUGUGUUGGCGCGUGGGACGGCUUCAUAAAUGAAUAAUGUCUCUGAGGUCGAAGGCGCUGGCUCUGGUGGAGGUUCUCCUGCGAGUGCCGCCGCUGUUUGUGGUGGAUGAGUUCCUAAAGAUCAGCCUGGGGCUGCCGGUGUCGGGCGGGGACGAGGUGACGCUGCUCAGCAAUGUGACCAUCGACCACGUCGAUAUGCCCGACUCUGAAACCUACUACGACGCGAACUUUUACAAUGCUUUCGUGUUCACACUCAUGAAGUUCCUCGUAUGCUGUCUAGGAUGCAUGUCAGCGUUGUGCAUAUUCGUGCUGUACACGAAGCACCUGAUCAUCGUGUACUUGUACCUCAUGUCUGUGGGGCUGGUCUUCGUCUCCUACUGGACCAACGUGUCCGCCAUCAAACAAGUUCAGGCGCUCACACUCGCCGCGACAUCCCCGCACCACUCCACCAGCAUCCUCGAAGACAUCCUCAACCUAAACACCAAGAAUCUACUUGAUCUCGACGGCCCAAGUAUACUAGUUAUCCAGAACUUUGCUAUACAGUUCACAUUAGCUUUACUUUUCAAGAAUGUACACUUAGGUCCUCGCCAUGCGACUAUUCAGAAGCUCCUACCAGUCAGUUUCAUGGCACCGUCCUUUUUAGCUAUGCUACCGGUCCCGCCCAAUCUGCUUCAUCAUUCGCCGGUGUUUUCUACUCUGCUGCCCCUUUUCCUAGUCAAAUACGUGCUCUGGUCUUCAGCGGAUAAUGUUAUACACGUAAUUUACGCAGGCAUCCAGCAUGGCAGGCUGUUUGUGAGCAACUAUGGACUUUCCGCCCUUGUUGAGACUGAAUGGAUGCGCUUAAAUGUUCCUUGCGUGCUCCGCGUCUUUUGGGUGCUUCGCGUCGCCGAGCACGCGAUAUUACUCCUUAUGGACAACUAUGACGAAGAGGCCGAUGAAGGUCUCCGAGUUUCAACCCUCCUAGCUGUCCAAUCGCUAGCAUCGAUGGCCAAAUCUCUACUUGUAACCGGCUGUGAGACAAUAACCGCCGUCCUUGGCAUGACUUCAGUGAUCUCAUUCUUUUGCCACUACAUUGGAAACUUCUUCCAGUGGAUAUUACUAACCGACGAGGAAGAGGACAAAAGUAUUGGCACAGUAUCCGCCAUACUGUUCUACAUACUAGCAUUGCAGACAGGACUGACUUCCUUAAACCCUGAGAAAAGAUUUAUCAGAUUAUGCAGAAACUUCUGUCUCUUAUUCACCGCUUUGCUGCACUUCUUGCACAACAUUGUAAACCCAAUGCUGAUGUCUUUAAGCGCAUCGCACAACCCAAGUAUGCACAGACACGUCAGAGCUUUAGGAGUCUGCGCUUUUCUUAUAAUAUUCCCAAUAUCCUUACUGGUGUAUCUGUGGUCGCAGCACUCCGUCUCAACCUGGCUGCUCGCCGUGAGCGCUUUCAGCAUAGAGGUGAUAGUCAAAGUUGUUGUCAGUCUGAUGAUAUACUCAUUAUUCUUAAUCGACGCGUAUAGAAGCACUUUCUGGGAACAACUUGAUGACUAUGUCUACUAUAUCAGAGCUUUUGGCAACACCAUAGAGUUCUGCUUUGGAAUAUUCUUAUUCUUCAACGGUGCGUGGAUUUUGCUGUUUGAGUCUGGAGGGGCCAUCAGAGCGGUGAUGAUGUGUAUACAUGCAUACUUUAACAUUUGGUGCGAAGCUCGCGCGGGCUGGUCCGUGUUCAUGAAGCGUAGAACCGCUGUUAAUAAAAUUAACUCCCUCAGAGAGGCAUCCGCAGACCAGUUGGACACUCUAGACGAUGUCUGCGCAAUCUGCUACCAGGAAAUGCACUCUGCAAAGAUCACUCGUUGCAACCAUUAUUUCCACGGAGUGUGUUUGAGAAAGUGGCUAUACGUCCAAGACCGAUGUCCACUGUGUCACGACAUACUCUAUAAGAUAGACAGUGACAUAAAUAAAGACUCCGACCAGGGUAACGAGGAGAACAGCAACAACCAGAACCUGCUUCUAGAAGAAGAACCUGAACUGAUCUUAGGGGAAGACGUGAGGUGACUUGACGGCCAAAAUAUACGACCUAUAAAUUAGAAAAAUAAUUUGAGUGGUAUUUUUUAUUGAUUUUGUAUAGUAAGUUAUUGUUUUUUUUUUACAAUCAGCCGGAUGAACCUGUGAUUGCGUGGUGUAAAGUCUAUUUUUGUCUGUGUGGGUGUUGUGGAGUUUUGUGGCCGAGCGAGGCGAGGGUCACUGUAGUCUCUGUGUACUCGAGUGUCGAAUGUUAAAUUACUCUAGUGUAUCGACCUAACAAUUAGAAAGACCAACGACGAGUAAAAAAUAAACACUGCUAAUCUGUAUACAAAGCUGCGUUCCUGUGAAUAUGUUUGUAGUAGUCUGUUUUCUUAAAUUAUAAAUUACUACGCCAUAUAUUUUAUAUGCAAGAAACAAGUGAGCAUUCCGUACUGGUUCUCAUAUAGUACUUUAUAGUAAAAACAGACUAUAGAUGGCGUCCGCGAGGUCCCGUAUAUUUUGUAUGGCUGUUUGGUCUCCGCUUUUAUUUAUUUUCCAGACAGAUGUACGACUUUGGAACUGACUACUGAUAUCAAGUUUGAAUUAGAUAUUAUCCUUGACAGCCACCAGGGUGGUAACUUUUGCCUGAAAUGUAACCUUUAACGCUACACAUUUAAACAUUCGUAUGUGAUAUCAAUAGAUGGCGGUAUAACAUCAAUCACGGUGGUCAAAGUCCAAGCAUUAUAUACAGAUUGAUUCACAAAAGCUGGCACGAAUGGGAUGAACGAAACUUUCGUUGACACCUGUAUCGGUAUACAUUCAGAGGAGAGAGUUGGUUAAUGUGAUACACACAAUUAGUACAUUGUAUUGUGUAUUAAGGGCGGUAAGCAAGAAUUUACGAACGAGUAGUGUGAAUUGAAGUGGGAAAUUAACACGAGUCCGAAAUUCUUGUACCGCCCGUGGCACACACAAUGUUCUUCAUCACACUUGUGAGCCAAAAAAGGGAAAGAAAUAAAACUUCUGCCUAAUUUCGUACGAAUAUUACAGCCCUAGGUCGGAACUUAGGAUUUACGGACCGCAUUGCCUACGUAUAAUACACCUUUAACGAGCAAGAGUUAUUAAAACAUAUUUUCAUUCACUCACUCACUCCAUUCGUGCCUGCUCCUGUGAAUCGACCUGUACGCACGGGCCUAAGCUAAGACCUAGAGUCCGUCUAAGCUAAUUUUGCACCGAUUUAAACAUAACAAAGUGAAGUAGUGUCAUUAUAAAGUCAUAUCUUCAUUUAAUAAAUGCAUUAACGAUGACAUUUCCACACUUUAUUAUUGUAAAUGCCAUGAUUAACACUAUAAUAAAAUCCUUAUUUCAAAGGAUUUUAUUAUUGUAAAUGCCAUGAUUAACACUAUAAUAAAAUCCUUAUUUCAAAGGAAAACAGCUUUGUUUAGAUUUUAUUAGUCUUUAUCUAUUGCUCGUCUCUGGAAAGACAAAAAAACUAGACAUAUAAAGCUAUUUGUAAAUAGAUAAGGUAUUUAGAAAUAGCUUUUAAUAUUUGAAACUAUUUUAAAUUAUAUAUAAAAAUAGUAAUUUCUCACGGUAAAAUGUAAAUAAAACAUUUAUUUUAGUAGUAAUCUGUCUUUGGUCUCAUAGAUUGCUAGCGGCAGAGACAAAUAAAAAUAGAAACUCGUAAUCUGCAUACGCAAUUUCGUUUUCAUUGUUGUAGAUGGCGUUAUUGAAAUCUCAGGACUAUGUAUAUCACUCUUGCGACAUUUAAUCGAUAGUUAAUUGCAAACAUACAGAAAGACAGACGCGAAGGGGGACUUUGUUUUAUAAUAUGAUAGUGAAUUGGCCUAUUGUCUAAAACACCAUCUAGUGAGCUCACUCAGAAAAUCAAGAAAAGCAACCAUUGACAAACCAAUAAAAAGACGCACAUUAUGGUGCAAAAAAUUGUUGCAAUAGUUUUGACAGCUGAACUAGACUGUACUUUCGACGGUAACUAGAUUUUCAAGCUUAAAAGCUUGACAAUCCGGUACCAUGGAGCGCCAUCUAGUUUAGCUAUCCAAACUACGAAUAUAUUUUACUACCCUUUGUGUAUCAUGUCUUUCUCAAAGGUGUGGCGUGCAGGUCAGUUCACCUUAGGGCCAGGCCUCACUGAUGCGUUGCGUUGCGUCGCGUCGUUGCAACGCAUUUAAUGUGGCAUGUCAUAAAAAAUAUAUGUAAAACAACGCUGCGAGAACGCCUGCGACGAAAAAACGCGACGCAACUCAACGCACCAGUGUGACCUCACACUAACAAAAUGUAUGAGUUAAAUGGACGUAGGUAAGGGAAAAAGGAUCCAUCCUCAAAAAUUUGCUACUGAAAUGAAUUACUUUUUGACAGAAAGUUAACAUUUUAUUGACAGUUUUUGUAGGUUGGAAUCCUUUUUUCCUAAAUUACGUCCAAGUUAAGACCUCUCAAAAACAGUUAUUGAUUGUAGCAGAGUUGUCUGACAGCUGUGAAGUAAUUGGCACUGUGCGGCGCUAACGUUUCGUGGUAACUGAAUUGUGAAAGUCUGUUUUCGCUAAAAAGACUUCGAUGCCACUUAUAUCCACUCUCAGAUUUGUAGUAUGAUACCUUUAGGUAUGGUGCUUUACGCACACUAGCGUCACCUCCCGUCCCCCUGACGCAAACCCCCCCUUUUCGCAUGAAAUGUGUCCCGGUUGACAGUUUUUUUAUUUGUGAAAAGUAUACAUUUUAGGAAUAAAGUGGGAAUGAAAGAAAUAAUCCUUAUUAAAUUCUUAAUAAUAAAAGGUUUAAAAAUAUUAAUAAGGGUGAGUUGCGUCAGGGGGAGGGGAGGGGACACUAGUGUGCGUUAAGCACCAUACCUAAAGGUAUCAUUCGUUUCAAGCUGGAUAUAAUUUGUUUGUCUUCCCCAUACAUUAGAACAGAACUUGACCGAAUCACUAGUGGGUGUGGAACUUAUUUUUUAUUCGACAUUGCCAAAUAGUAUGAAGAUGUCGUCACAAAACUUUUCACCAACUUCGCACAUAGCCAAUUCAUUCAAUUAUUUUUUUUCUCGAUAGUAACGCCAUCUGUUACAAUGGCGAGGAACGUUAUCCCAUAUGCAGAUUACUAAUCCACAUUUAUUUGUCUCUGCCAGCGAGUACAAAUCGGAUUACAAUUUACAUUUAAGUUGUUAAGAUAUUUUUGCUUGGACGUGAUGAUAUAUUACUUAUAAUAAAAACUAUGAAGUACGGA